AUGCCCCCUAAAAAUAGUAAGAAAGCUCGUCGAAAAGAGAAGCGCAAUGCGGUACCUACGCAAAAUGGAGAUGUUGAUGAUGAAUUAGCAGCAUCUGUGAAUGUUCACUGCACUCUUAACAAUGGUGGUACUGCAACAAACUCUUCAGAGACUAAAGUUUUAGAAAGCAACAUAUUGCCGAGUGCGAACGAACUGACAGUAUUAACAGUAGAAACAAGAGUAAAUAUAAAACCAAUUCAAUCUUCGAUAAUUUCUCCAAUGCCAUCUCCAUUGGUCGCAGACGUGCCACCUUCUUCCGAAGCCUCUGUGAUACCAAAACAACAGCCGGCACAACCAAACAGAGGAAGAUUUAGGAAUCGUCCUCAACGCAUUCCUAUUACAUCAGCCAUUCCUGAACCCCCUUUAGACACUCGAAUUGUGCUUCCAGCACGUCCUCCCGUAGAUGGGAAAGCCGGUGACCGUAUUCAAAUCUAUACAAAUCAUUUUAACAUUGAUUUUGCGAAGAAUAUGAUUCUUUACCAAUACGAUGUAGUGGUAGAGAAAUUUUUAUUGAAUAGUCAGACUUGGAUUGAAGUGUCCAGCCGAGAUCAGCGACGUAAAUUUGUCAAUGCAUUAAUCGAUGAAAAUAUUAUUAAGCCAGCAUGUGUGGUAUGGUAUGAUGAAGGGAAAUGCUUAUACAGCACUACAAAUCUAACCAGCCAUCUACCAAUAACUACUUCUUUACCCACACAACAAUCGACUCAAUAUCGUCUCAUUAUCAAAAUUUUAGCUGCGCAAUGGUCAACACGCACAAUUUGGGAUUACAUCAAAAAUCAAAUCCCUGCACCACCUCCUCAUAACGCUGUUCGCAUUUUAGAAACAUUAUUCAAACAAGCUAUGAAUAAAAUAGCUCAUUGUGAGAAAAAUGUUUUUUAUCGUAAAGAUCAACAGCCAGAGGUAUUAGACGAUGGAUUUGAAUUGCGAUCCGGUUUUUUUCAAUCCAUUUGUUUAACGCAAUCAGGCCCUACGUUGAAUGUAGACACAACGCUAACAAAAUUCUAUCCACAUAUGGAUAUUUUAGAAUUUGUUUCGAUCCAGUUGGAUAAAGACAUUCGAAAAUACGGUAUGAACAUGGUUGAUUAUGAUCGUGCUAGAACAGUAUUAAGGAAUUGCAAAGUCACCACUGUACAAUCCAAUCACACUCAAGUGUACGUUAUUAGAGGCUUUGCAGAAAUUCCAGAAAAUAUCAUUCUUGAUAUUUAUAAUCAAGAAGGGGAUGUAGCUGAAGCACCUAUAAAACAAAAUUUAAUUAAAUAUUAUAAAAGUCUGAAAACACCGAUCACCAUAAACUAUACAAAAUUAAGAUGUUUGGAAGUUUAUUUUAUGUACGAGAAAAAAGAUCCUAAACAUUUACCAAUGGAAGUGUGUCGAAUCCUGGAAUGGCAAGAAUGUGAAACGGAAUCUCGUGAACAACAGCGUACACGUCAACUAAAGUCAAUUCCAAAACCGGGAAGUCGUUAUGAUUGUAUCAUGGACUCUGUCAAUGCUUGUCAAUUAAAUAACCCUAAAAACAUACUUUAUAACUCAAUUCAAUUAAAUGUUGACAUUCGGGAAAUGAAGUUGAUACAAGGACGUAUUCUACCGCCGCCCAUUAUCAAUAAUAAUAAUGCUGAAAUCAAUAUGGGCCGAAUUAAUUUGAAAGGAAGAUUUGUUGAGCCAAGACUAAUUCAACAAUUAGCAUUUGUCUACUUUGGUCUCCCAAUGUCAUUGGAGAAAAAGGACGUAGUACGCCAAUUUUCCGACAGUUUUCUGAAUGUGUCUAAACGUUAUCGUAUGGGACCCGCACUAGCACCAACAAAACAUACAGUUGACGUAUAUCAUCCUCCAAACGAUGAUUAUGAUCAGGAAUUAGGCGACACUCUUCAAAAGUUUUUUGGUGCUCGACAAAAAGCAAAAUGUGAAUUGGUUGUCUGUAUUUUGGAUAGUCCACAUCCUCAAUUAUAUUCGUUAUUAAAACAAACUGCCACAAAAGACUUUGGGAUAACAACUCAAUGUCUACUAUACAGUAAAUUGAUGGAACAAAUUGAUAAAUUUAAUCGAACUCAACGUGGUAAUCCACAUCGUAUUCUAGAUAAUAUGUGUGAAAAUUUAGUUAAAAAAGUAAAUUUUAAGUUGAAUGGUCAAAAUACGGCAGUUAAUUUAGACGUGCCGUUAUGUAAGAAAAAAUCCAAAACGGAUAUGUACAUGUUUUUUGGUGCUGAUGUUCUACAUCCACAUCGUUGUUCGGCUGAAAAACCGUCGAUAGCAGCUGUUGUAGGUAGUGGUGAUUCAAUAUGUUCAACAUCAGCUGUUCGAGUAUCAAAACAAUGGCCAAAAUCAGGAAAAUGUGCUAUUGAAGCAAUCGUAGAUAUAGAAAAUAUGGUUUAUGAACUAUUAGAAUAUUAUGUACAGUGGAAUAGUAAAUUACCAAAUAAGGUGGUGUUUUAUCGAGAUGGAGUAGAUGAUGGACAAUUUUUAAGAAUUAAAAACUAUGAAAUACCCAAAAUUAAACAAGCAUUUGAACGUAUGUACGAUGAUGAUUUACCAUUACUGACGUUUAUCGUCGUGAAAAAACGUCAUCAUACACGACUGUUUACCUAUGAAAACAAUCAAACUAAUAAUGUUCCAUGUGGUUUAGUUAUUGACACAACUAUUACAAAUCCUUCACAAUUUAGUUUUUUCUUAAAUUCACAUAAAGCAUUACAGGGCACCAAUAAACCAGCAUUGUAUCAUGUGUUACAUGAUGAAAUUGGAUUUACAGCCGAUGAGAUUCAAUUGCUCACCUAUUAUUUAUGCUAUAGCGAUCCUCGAAGUUCAACAAGCGAAGCUAUACCAUCUGUCACACAUCAGGCUGAUUUGGCAGCAAGUAAAGCGAGAAGUCUGUUUGCCGAUACUGAUUUAUCGACAAACGAUGGCUAUGCCGUAGAUGCUUUAGAGAAUCCAACAUUAGAAGAUAUUAGAGUUGAAAUGUUACGUGUGCACGCAGAUAUGGAAAAUACGCCACACUUUGGUUAA